AUGCAGGAGUAUCUGCAGAGCCACGUGGGCAUCAUCCGCAGGGACCACGCCGCGCGAAUCACGGACUUCGUCUGCCUGCGCGUCGCGCAGGAGGAGGGCGGAGCGGGUGCGGACGACGCGGUGGCGGACGGGGAAGGCGCGGGGGAGGGCGCGGGGGAAGCCGGCGCGGGGGAGGCGGAGGGAGGCGCGGGGAAGGGGCGGAGCCUAGGGAGACACAAAAACAGACUCACGUUUUGCGUGGAGGGGAAUAUCAGCGUGGGGAAGACGACGUUCUUAGAACGAAUAGUAGGCGACGCGGUGAAGCUUCAUGACUUAGUGGAGGUGGUGCCUGAGCCGGUGGCGAGGUGGCAGAGCGUGGGGCAGGAGAAGUUUAAUAUUCUGGAGGCGUUCUACGAGGAGCCGGAGCGGUACGCUUACACGUUCCAGAACUACGUGUUUGUAACGCGGAUGAUGCAGGAGCGCGAGAGCGCCGGGCGCGUGCGGCCGAUCCGGCUGAUGGAGCGGUCUGUGUUCAGCGAUAGAAUGGUGUUUGUGCGAGCAGUGCACGAAGCCAAGUGGAUGAGUGCGAUGGAGGUGAGCAUAUACGACUCGUGGUUCGACCCAGUGGUGGCGGCACUGCCCGGCCUGGUCCCAGACGGGUUCAUCUACCUGCGCGCCAACCCCCUCACCUGCCACCAACGCCUCAAGCAGCGCGCACGAGGCGAGGAGGCGGGGGUUUCCCUGGACUACCUGACUGACCUGCACAACAAGCACGAGCAGUGGCUGCUGCCGGUUGAGUCGGCCGAGGAGAGGCCGAGGUUCUCUGUUGUGCAGCCCGAUUGGUUGAAGGAAAGGGGAGGAGGGGGGGGAGGAGGAGGUGGGGGGAGAGGGGAGGAGGAUGACACACCGGAGAUCAUCAAGGGGCGGGUGUUUGCUCUUGAAGGCGAGCAUCUGCACUCGAGCAUUCAGCAGGUGCCGGCGUUGGUGCUGGACUGCGACGCUCAGAUCGACCUCAUUCGCGACCAAGACGCAAAGGAAAUGUACACGAAGCAGGUGCAGGCAUUCUUUGACUUUGUGCAGCGGCGCAAGGAGCAGCAGAAGCAGCGGCAGCGGCAGCAACGGGAGGGAGCAGGCAUUUCCCCUGACUCACCGCUUCUCAUCCCCUCCACCCCCUCUCUCUCCAUGCCCCCUGGGAUAAGCUUUGACCCCUCGUCGUUACUUCGCGCGUAG